AUGGCCUCGCGCGCGCCCGAACCUCCAGCUGAAGAGCCCGCCAAGUACCUCGCCCCGACCCUCGCAAGCAUUACAGAGUCUCUCUCCUUGCUCGGUCUCAGUCCGGAGUCUCUUGCCAUGAGUCUCGGCGAGUCCCUGGCCGACCGCUACCUGGCGACGCUGCGGCCCAAACCAGUCGCAAUCGAGCGACCCGCCCUGGGCGGCUGCGGCAACCUCCGCCGCGCGCCCCUUGCGGAACCCUCUCUUCAGCUCUUCUCUAAUGAUUUCAUCGACUAUUUGAACCAAAUCGCGUAAUCAGUGAAGGACUCGAACAUUUGUGUCGUCGACACUAGAAAUAAUUUCUGUUAAAUUAAGUUGGUAUUAUUGCAAAUAAUUUUAUGUGUCGGUUUAAAACGUACUAUUGAUUUUAUUUUAAUUUUAUUCUGCACUUUGUUGAUUAGAUGUUGUUUUUUAUCGGAAAUGACGAUUAGUGAAAGUGACGCCAGAAAUUGCAUUUUUUUGUUUUUUCGUUUACAAUAAAAUUCGAAAGUAAUCCUUUUGAAGGAAACGGCGAUUAAAAUUAUUACUUUAUACUUCAGUGAUACUGAUGACGCCCUAUCUGAUAGGGCCUCCUGAGCGGUGUGUUGUUUAGUUCAAUUUAGUUUAUUAGUUAUGUUUUAUUUUAGCAAAAUUUUAAAGCUAACUUAAGUGUUAUACAAUAUUUUCGUAGGUUUAUUGUGAACUUUUAUUUUCUCCCACCAAAUGGCUCUUUGAUUGUAGCGAUUCAACGAAAGAUGCCAUGUUAGUCUAUUCUCUAAUAUCAUUUUCACGUACUAUAAUUUACUUUUUAAUUUAAAGAUGUAGAGGAUUUUAAUAGUAAGUUAUUGCUGUGUCACCAAUAAUAUGAUUAGCUUGUCUAUAUCUAUUAUAAUUACUGUAGGAUUGUGUAUCGUGAAUUGUUUAUUUAAUUUUUUUCUAUUGUCUUUGAAUAUUAUUCUUAUCUCAGUGAUUAGUGGAGUAAUUGUGAAUUCUUAAAAUUAUUCUUUACAUUUUUCGGAAUCGUGCCAUAUCAGAUAAAUUAUGUAGUUCAUUUUUUAAUGGAAAUUAUGAUUGUUUUAGAAUAACCUCUAAUCAUUGAGAAUUGUUUGGUUAUUGUAUUUUUUAAAAGCAUGUUUUUUUGUUUUUGUUAAUCUCUUCAGAACUUUCGGAUAACUUCGUAGUUUAGAUUAAGGGUUUUCUUAUAAUUAUCAUGAAUGUCUAUUUAUUUAUAAGUAAAUAGCGCUUCAACAUAAAUAAGCGUAUAAGUGAUGUGCACAUUACUCGUAACUGUUUAACGUUAACGUUUUAGAUAAGGUUUUUUAUACAUUUGAUACUUAUUACUCGCAAAGUGAUUAAAAGUGAUAAAUCUUAGUUCUAGCGUGUGUUUAGUGAUAUAAAGUGGUGCGGAUCAAAAGGCGGAUCGAUAGGACUUGAUACUUGAGGCACAACGUGAUAGAAGCGGAUCGAAGGCCUGAAAUAAACAAGAAUGUCAUAACUAUUAUGUUAGAUCAACUGAAGGCUAAAGUAUUGACAUUAUCAAUUAUAUUUAUGCUCCCAUAUUAUUGCUUGAUUUUGCACCCAAAUUGGCAAUUAAUAAGGCCAUACCACAUGGCUCAUAAUACCUAAUAACAAUAUCUAAAAAAAUAAUAAUUAUAUAAGUAUGCGAUAAUUUUGAGGACCAACUCAUAUUACCUAAUUUGCUUUGAUCUAAUACUUUCAGUUGACCUAACAUAUUAAUGAUCGACGAUUCUAAAUUUUUACCAUUAGUCUUAGAGUGAUAUCAAUGGUAUCAGGCCUUGAUACGUUGAAUGUUUAGGCAAUAAUUCUUAUAAAGACUUACACUUUUUAUAAAUUAAAAUUUUUGCAUUCUCUUAAAAUCGAUACUGCCAUUUACCUUACUAAACUAGGCGAGGGUUUGUUGAUAGUGUUGUCACUUGUUUCUAUGUGGACCACAUAGUAAUGAUUUUAAACACUUGAUGCAAAUCUUUCAUCUCUUUCAUACGACACAUUUGUUGCAUAGUAAGUAGACGGCCAUCGUCAUUAUUAUCAUCAUCAUUAAAAUAUUGUGUCGCUACAAGAUUUUAUACAAUAUGGCUUACGUUGGUUCUAAAAUGGGCUGAUUUAAUUAAUGAUAAAUCGAAGUAGAACUUUCUUAGAUCAUAUUUUCAAAGUAAUGUGGUUAAGCGAUGGGAUCUUAUUGCAAUAUCAAUAUAUACAUAAUUCGGCAAUAUUUUUUCAUUGUUUACUAUAUUUUCUUUGAAAAGCUGAAUUUAUUUCAUAAGGCCUACACAAUUUUCUUCACCAAAUGUAUAAUGUCUUGUAGUUCCACAGUGUCCUUUAGGCCAUUCACGUCGUCAUCCGCAUCACUCACGUCAUUGUCAUUGUCAUCUGGCACGGUCUGAUUGGAGAGCGUAUUGGUAACUACAUCUGAAAAUUUUACUAGUUCAUAUAAACUUCGCUUCCCAUUCCGUCCGUUAGGGUUUGGGACGCGUGUUAAAACACAAUUAAUUACAUACAACAUACAAAAUUUUAACAAAAUUUUCAGUACAUAGAUAAAGAUCUACUUAUGAUAAGAAAUAACAUUUUCGACGGUCCAUAAUGAAAAACAAUUAAAUUCAUAUGAAAACAAUUUGAAUUUUUGCUAUAGAUUUCUAUGUAGCUGCUCAAUUUCGUCAAAACCGCUGAAAUUAUGAUGAUGUUUAAACACGCUCUGCAUAUAGAACACUAUUAUAGAAAAUGUCAUCAUGAUCACAAAGGGCAAGAUCACAAUUUAGCGAAAUCUUGUUUGAAUCUUAGAAAUAAGCCAAUACAUUUGGUGUUAUGGCUCAGGGUCGCGGGGUCGAUUCCCAUACCAGGACAAUAAUGGCACGUUACUACCAUUGUUGUCUCGAUAUACUGUUCGGACUAACAAUAUAUCGACUAGCAUUUACAUAGAAACUGCAGAUCGUAGUUACCAGUCGUUUUGUGUGGUUGUCAUACCUCUUAAAUAUUUUAAACUAGUGUCCUCAGCUUCAAAGUUUAAUCUAAGAAAGAGACAACACAAUACCAUUAUUAGUAUUUGUCAUAGUAUUUGUAAAUAUACCCUUUAUUCUACACGCAGAUGCUUAUUCUAUAAUCAGAUUGCAUAUAUCUAGAUUAGACACAAAUCGAUAGUACAUAAAUUCAACAAUAUCAAAGAUCCCUAAUUAUUUUAUAGCGAGAGAACCGGAGUGCAAUGACCCUUCAUAUGUUAUACAAUUUUAAUUUUAUCGAAGUUUGCUCGUUCGAAUAUAGAAUUAUAUUUAAAAGUUAAAUGUACAUCAUUCGGAUGUACCGAGAAAAUAUUUGAAAAUAAUAAAAAAAAAUUAAGACGAGCUGUUGUUGGUAUAUUUAGGAAAAUAUUAAAUUGAACCAGAUCAUCUGAUGGUGGCCAUGUACAAAUGAAAAAGUGAAGGGUCAUUGUAGUACGGGACACUAGUAAAAGCUACACAAAUUAUAAAGACAUUGUUUAAUAGUCAAUAAAAUCAUCUACGUAUAUGUAAUGCCAACUCUACCCGGCUCCCACUUUCCGGUACAAAAACAUAUGAAGCUUUGUUGGGAAAUAUUAACAGAUCAACUAUAUGAACAUGUACAGUAAGGCAGUUUAUUAAUUCUAUAGAUUUCAAUAUUUAAACAUUACCUCUCUAGAUACAAAUGUAGCAAAUUAUAUUAAAGAAAAAAGUGAAAACAGCGAUUUGAAAUCUAUAUCCCGUAUUUAAAUAUAAUUUUGGUUGCAGAGUACAAACAAUACUUUACAUGGUAUAAAAAGUAUCAGAAUGUAUUAAUAAAUGCUUUCAAUAUUUUGUAUGUUAUUUAAAGGUAAAUAAUAUACAAAAUAUUUAAAGCAUUAUACUAGUAGCUUGACAAACCAAAGUAGAAAUAUGCAUUUUAGAUGAUAUCCCAAUUAUUCCUUGUGAAAAGUUAUGAUUUUCUAUUCUAUAUUUUAUUUGAAUCGAUUACUUAUCUAUUUUGGAUAUGUCAUUAAAUAUUUACGUAUCAAACGCUUCGAAGGUUGUAUUUAGAUCUAGAAAAUAAACCUCAAGGAUUUAGUUCUUCCUUACGUAAUGGAGGCAUUGUUCUUUAAAUACUCAUGUGAUUAUAAAACUAUCGAACAACCACAACCUAGAUCGCAAUGCAAUGUUUCAAUAUUCGGGAAUGACAUACCUGUCCGAUUUUUGUAUAAUCAUAUUCUAUUCCUCUAUGAACAAACUCCUAAAUCCAAACUAUUUAUAAUUAUCGGAAUGUGUUUGAUUCUUCAUAUUUUAAUCACUCAGUUAAUUGUUCAGUUAAAAUAAAUGUAAUUACACGAUCGUUGCCAACUUCUUAGUUUAUUUGCAAAUAUAUGUUAAAUUUUGUAAGUAAUGACAAUUUAUUUAGACAUCGACAUGCACAUUUCUUCAUGUUGAAUUAUAAUGUUUAGAGAAUUGCUUAAAAGUACAAAGAAACGAUUUGUUACUUUUGCAAAUUUUAUAAAAUAAAUCAAAUACAUAUUAAAGUAACACACAAUCUAGAUAAUACAGCAAUUGUUUCGCCGUAUUUGGACAACCAUUGCAGUAAUCUUGUAAACUAAUCUAGUUUUCUGUUGGUGAAAAAAUUAGGAUCAAAAAUUGUUACUUAUUAUAAAAGCUAUAUCUUGUAUUACUUUUUCGAAUUUGAUUAAUUUACAAGUAUUUUAUCGAAUGCUUUAGUGUAUGUCUAAGCACAGAUUAAGUAGAUUUAUCAUUCUGCAUAAUAUUCCUUUGACUGUAGGUAUUGUGUCUCGCAUGUAGGCUAAAUCUUUUCCAUGUGUAGUUAUUACUUAGAUACUAGGUUUCUUUAACUAUAACGUGUGAAUGGGAUGAAUGUAUGAGAUCACUCUUAACAUUAAUUUAGGCAUCGCAUUAAUUUCAUACUUAUUGGUAGUUGUAACAUCGUGCCAAGCGAGAUUGUUAUGAAUCGUGUAUUUUCUGGUCAUGGUUGUUGUUCGAGGAACGACAUUUUUAAGGUUAUGUAAAAUCAGUGAUACUAAUUGCCUAGUUACGAAUACAACACGCACAUGGCUACUGCCGUUAUCACUGCCGGCUUAGUCUCAUUCAACGAUGAAAAAAUCGUUUGAAUCGUAAUAUGCUAAAUGAUUAUAGACAACUAGGUAACUGUAGAAGAAGCAACGGCAUCUAACACAUUUUGAUAAAGCUAAAUUCAAUCAAUGUUUUUUCGAAGCAAUUUUUCUGAACUGAUGCUUAAAACCUUUUACGGGCCUGAUUUGAACACGUAAACGCGUUUAAAUAUUUAUAAUAAUGUCUUGUUUUUAUUACACUUUAAACUAUAGGCUAUUUGUAAAACAUAAUAAACUACAUCCGUUGCUUUAAUACUUUACCUAGAAGUAGAAAUUCGAUUUUUUUUCCAAAUAUUCCACAAAAUGAUCCAGCGUGUAAAAGGCUCAAAAAUUCCAAAACUCAUUGGCUGAUCUAGUAUACGGCUGUAAUUGGUUAGUGAAAGUUGCAAAUCAACGUUAAUUAUAUUUUGAUACUCGAUGUUUUCUACACUAAUGUAGUAAGUUCAUAUUUGUCUUUUGAAAAACUUAGUUAGGUAGUUCCGUGAUCCAUCGCAUUUAGAACAUCAACACUAACCGCAUUUUAGUGGUAUUUUUCAUAGCCUGACAGAAAAUGUUUAGCGUCGAAUAUUCGUCUUCCUAGAUAAAAAGCAACUUUGUAUGACGUAAUGUGAUCCUUUUAUAAACGGAAGCACACAACAGCUCGAUUAUAAUUUCAAAGUCGGGUUUACAAAAAUGAUCUCUUAGCUCACGUUCGUAAAAGGUAAGAAAAUUCACAAAACAAUUAGAAAAUGCGAUGGAAACACGAUGUGAUAAUUGUUAGAUACAGAUAACGCGAAGGCGUAGUACUGCACUUGAUAACACACGUUAAGCAUGGUCGCCACCAAGAUGUAAGGAUCAAAUCGGUGAUAAACUAACGAAUUGCUUGAAGAUAAUAAAAUAAUUGCGUGGCAAAUAUAGGAAUAAAGUUUACUACGUAACGCGCGGGGUGCAUCAGGGUACGAGUGUCAUAAUUUGUAUUAACUUUUGUACUUUCGUAAAAAUAAUUUAGUAAUAACACUUUUCUAUUUGUAUGUAUAAUGCGUAAAUUAAACAACAAGUAAUAUACUUUUUUACUGGAAAUUUAGGUGUAGUAUUUUUGUAAGACAAGCGAGUUGAUCUCGUAUGUACGUGUAUCACAGCGAUAAUAGCUACUUUUAAGGCCAUGGUUGUCGUUUUAAGGAGCAAUCUUGUAUAAGUCGUAUCGAGAUACGAACUUAGCUUUAAAAUUUGUUAUGCGCAAGAUUUCUUCUUGAUACCAGACGUUUUCGGCAAGGUCAUUUGUAUAUCUAGGCUAGGAAGUCUUUAUGUGUGCAUUUUAUACUUGAGCAGAGCAGCUGUGUAUGUUACCCUCACUACAAAAAUUUUGAUAAAUAUCAUCGUAAUUGGAAAAAUGGCAAGCUCAAGAAACGUUCAAUAAAUUUAAAUUCGAAACUGAACUGAACAAUGACAUGAAGUGUCUCACAUGGCAUUUUUUCAAUAGAAUAGAUAAAAGAACAUGUAUGUUUGGAUUGUAUGACUCGUCUAUUCGGAAUCCCUCGUUUAUUGAGCAGUAUACUUAGUUGACUCCUAACAAAACAAAUGUGUGUCACUCACACUAAUGUUUUGGUUUCAUCAAGUGUUCUGUGUAAUGAUCUCUUUGUUGUUUAUUUACAAUUUUUCUGGAAUAAGGAAUGACGUAGUAAAGUAAGGAAUGAUGUUUAAGAAGCUCAGAAAGGAAACUCCAAUCGAUUAACGUUAAGUAAAAUUUAAGUGCUUGAAUUAAUUAUAGGUCGUUUUAAUUAAGAAUGCGCUAAAUAUACCAAUGAAAAUUGAUAUUGUUUGAAAACGAUACGUCUGAACGUGUAUUUUUGUACAUUUAUGGUUGAUGCGUAAGGAAUUGGCACAAAUAUAGCUAUCGUAAGAUAUUCGGGUUUUGAACAUUUUUGUAUCGAUUUGAUAAUUAUUGAGAGAAAACUACGACAGUGAGCGUUGUAUUGUCUAUUUUAUAAUGUUGGUAAAGCAUGACUAGCUAUAAGGUUGUUUCAGAAAAUUGUAAUAAAUCAUAGGGAGCGAAAAAAAAUGUUAUAUUUUAUACUGAUCCUGAUAUUGCGCCAGCGUAGACUGGCUUGUGUUACUUUACGAAACUAGUGUGUAAGUUUACUCUUUAAAAGAGUUCUCGCAGGUAGUAGAUUUAGUAGGCUUAGUGUUUUUUAAACCGGCUUGAUGUUGUGACAUUUAUUAUUAAUAUGAUAUCGAUAAUCGCAGAAUACCAGACAAGCGGCCACUGUUCAAUAGCGGAAUGUGUAGUGGGUUUGUGGACAACCUUCUUUAUGAGCGGGCAGUCUUGUUAAACCAAAGUGAAGCUGUUCGCAAGCAUAUCAUUUUAAUACAACGCUAGGUACAUUUCGGUACAAAACUUAGCGGAGUUUUAUUCGAUUAAUAAUAUAUUGUUAGACGUUUAGCCGUCGGUUCUGUAGCUGGGGGGGAAUAUUGUUUCGGAUCUCGAUGUAUCGAUAGCCGGAUUCUAGUCGAUAUCGUCGGCUCGAUACAUCUCUUAUCGGUCCAAUAAACUGAUCCGCUACAGAACAGGCGGCGUUCCUGAAUUAUUUCAGUUAUUUAGCAGAAUUAUAUUAUUGUCUAGUAUUUCCGAUUAUGUUACGUUUUAUAUUGCUUAUAUAAUAUAUUAUGGAUACAAUGUUUAUUAAGUAUUUAAUAUUCAUUUUGACGAGGACCUAGUCGAUUCUCUGUAAUAUCACAUCUCCCAAAGUACAAAUUCCUUGUUGUUUAGUCCAAUUUUGUUUGACUGUUAUCGAAUGGAAAUUAUUUUAGCGAACGUUCGUUCGGCGCAAGCGCAGUGGUGGAAAUGAUUAUAUCCUCCUUGGGGAAGGCAAGUGUCGUGUGAGUCGUAGGCGUGUUGAAGUAUCCAUAUACAUACAUAAAGUAAUAAAUUAUCCUAAAAUAAAAUUUAUCCAGAAAUUUAAUAAAAAAGUCUGCUAUUUGAAUCAUAUAUUACGGACCACUUUAAAACGUCUCAGAUUUUCACACACUUUGCCCGUAAUGGCGGUGUUUCUAGUAUACAUAGUUUAAAUACAUUUUUCCAUAACCAUUUUUUUUUUGUGUUCGCACAAUAUUACAAUUAUGUUUAGCAGCUUUAUAACUUAAGUUUGUAAUUAGGAUAAUUUUAAUAAUCUACCUAUUUUUAGUUAUGCACAAUUUUAAUCACCCAAUAGUUUAAUUCUAUGUUUUCUUUACUAAUUACUGCAUUUUCAUUUGACCGUUAAUUUUUUUUUUAACAUUUCUUUCAAACUUACCAUUUCAUUUAUAAUUACGUAAUUGCCUACUACACAUUAUCCAAUCGGAAUGCAAAUUAGCAACAGAAAUAUUUCAAAUUACACUAUAUUACGAUAAAUACAAUGGAACCUUUAUAAAUUAAAAACUUAAAAGAAC